AUAUAAGAGGGGAGCAAAACACAAGACUCCAUUGGUUUCAUGAAAGAGAAGCAACAUGAAGAGCUACUACAAGCUGGGUGUUCUAAUCACCUUGGUGGUCUCUGCUUACACCAGCCCUAUAGCGCCACUUGCUGGCAAAGACAGAGAUAGCAUUGCAAAGGAUUACCUGACUAAAUUGUAUGGCCUGCCAAAGCAGUCCUCUCCUGAUUCUGAAAAACGUGCAUCAAGUGAAAUGAAUCAGAGGUUGAAAGAGAUGCAGCAGUUCUUUAGACUCAAGGUAACAGGGAAGCUGGAUGAUGAGACGCUGGAGGUGAUGAAGAAGCCACGCUGCGGGGUUCCAGAUGUUGCGGCGUACUCCACUUUCCAAGGGAACUACAAGUGGAAAAAACAUGCUCUGACCUACAGGAUUGAGAACUACACCCCUGACAUGUCUGUAGCAGAGGUGGAUGAUUCCAUCAAAAGGGCCCUGCAAGUGUGGGCAGAUGUCACUCCUCUGAGAUUCAGCCGUGUCAACAGGGGGACAGCCGACAUCAUGAUCUCCUUUGCUGUUGGAGAUCAUCAGGAUGGUUACCCCUUUGACGGUCCAGAUGGUUUUCUGGCUCACGCUUUCCCUCCAUUUGAAGGCCUCGGUGGUGAUGCCCAUUUUGACGAUGACGAGAAGUUUUCCUUCAGAUCUCCUGAAGGCUACAAUUUGUUCCUGGUGGCUGCCCAUGAGUUCGGACACUCUCUAGGGCUCGACCAUUCCCAGGAUCCGGGUGCACUGAUGUUUCCCACCUACGUUUACAGAGACAUCGAUACUUUUGCCCUCCCUAAAGACGAUGUCAAUGGAAUCCAGUCUCUUUAUGGCCCAAACCCUGAUAUCGAUACCGUAAAUCCAAAACCCACACCACCAGGAACCCCAAACAAAUGUGAUCCCAAACUGGUCCUAGAUGCUGUCACCAUGCUCCGUGGAGAGCUCAUGUUCUUCAAGAGCCGCUUCUUCUGGCGCAGUUAUCCUCUGAGUGCAACCGUUGAACUUCAUCUCAUCAAAGGCUUCUGGCCUGAGAUUCCAGAUAAUAUUGAUGCAGCUUUCGAAAGUCCUUUGGAGGACAAAGUCUUCAUUAUCAGAGGUGACAAGGUGUGGGCUCUCUAUGGCUAUGAUAUGGUACAGGGGUAUCCAAAAAGUCUCAGCAUGUUCAGUUUCCCAAGUAACGUGAAGAAAAUCGACGCAGUCCUCUACGAUGAGACAAGCUACAAAAUCCUGUUUUUCGUUAAAAACGAGAUUUAUAGUUAUAAUGAAGAACAGCGCAAAAUGGAGACUGGUUUUCCUAAACCGGUGCAAGACAUUUUCUCUGGAAUGACAGGGAAGGUGACCGCAGCCUUCCAGUAUAAAGGUUUCAACUAUCUCUUCAGUGGACCAAAUUUGUUUGAGUUUGGUGCCCACAACAACAAGCUGAUGCGUGUUCUCAACAACAAUUAUUUCCUGCCCUGUUAGUCAGUUAAUGUUGAGUUUCUCUUUAAAGCUCAGCAAUAUACUGUCUGCACACAGUAAAAUAUGAACCCUCAGUAUUUUAAAGUAAAUUAUUAAGUAACUUAUUAACUUUCUCAUUUAUUUGACCAAAAAAGUAGGUUUUAUGGUAUCCUUAUUAUUAAGGAUCCUUCGUAUGUGCAAAAAAAUUACAAAAUAAAGCAUGUCUUUUGAUUGAUGCAGUUUCAAUAUAAAGGAUUGAGCAAUUUGCUGAACAAUCU